AUGCUGAAGAUUGCUCUGCUAUGUACCGUUGCCACUGCUGUCGUGCUUUAUCUUCUCAUAUCCUCGAUUUCUACAAGGCGUCGCCAUGCUGUAGCCGCAAAGCAGCUCGGCUGUAGGCCAGCACCCACAGAAUACAACCCGGACCCACUGGGGCUUGUGAACUUGUUUAAGACCCUACGGGCAAACAGAAAGAGUCAAAUACUCGAGUACAUCCGAGGCGUGUUCGACGAUGUGUCGCUACGCAUGAACAAGACAGUCUAUUCUUAUGACACGAACAUCCUGGGCGACAGGGUUUUUUUUACGUGCGACCCACGGAAUAUCCAGGCCCUUCUGGCUACUCAGUUCAAAGAUUUCGAGCUUGGAAAAAUCCGCACAGGCGCAUUUGCUCCAUUACUUGGCCACGGCAUCUUUUCGGCGGAUGGGAAGCAAUGGGAGCACUCUCGUGCUCUUCUACGACCCCAGUUCUCUCGUGAUCAGGUCAAGGACUUGGAUCUGGAAGAGAAACAUGUACAAAACUUACUCAGAGCACUUCCUGUGAAAGCAGACUCUUGGACGAGCACCACCGACAUUCAACCUCUGAUAUCCCGAUUCACCAUGGAUUCGGCUAGCGAAUUCCUCUUUGGAGAGAGCACAAACAUUCAACUCUCUGCACUCUCCGAGGAGGCCGCGGCAAAAAAUGCUGAAGACCGCGCCUUUGUGGAAUCUUUCGAGGCCUGUCAAGACCGCAUGGCCAAGGCCCUCUUGCUGAACGAAUUCUACUUUGUGAUCCUGACGAAGAAGCAUAGAGAUGACUGUCGAUUGUGCCAUCGAUACAUCGACCGAUUUGUGCACAAAGCUCUGGGCCGCGACAGUAAGCAAGAUCCCGUCGAGAGCAGCAAAAAAGAAAAGUACGUCUUUCUUGAGAGCCUUGUCAACGAGACUAGAGAUCCUAUCGAGAUUCGUAAUCAACUUCUAUCGAUUCUAUUGGCCGGUCGCGAUACCACCGCCUCGUUGCUGAGCUUCUUGUUCCUCAUGCUGGUCCAACAUCCCGAGGUAUUUAACAAGCUACGAUCACUCAUUAUUGAAGACUUUGGAACCUUCAAAUCGCCUCUAAAUCUCACUUUUGCGAACUUGAAGGCUUGUUCAUAUUUACAAUGGUGUAUAAAUGAGACCUUGAGGCUUUACCCUAGUGUGCCUCUCAAUGGACGGCGGUGCACAAGGGACACCAGCCUGCCUUUCGGUGGUGGCGAAGACGGCCUUUCGCCCGUUUUCAUACCGGCUGGAACAGAGAUUGCCUAUUUAGUGUAUGUAAUGCAAAGGCAGCCUGACUUCUGGGGCCCAGAUGCGGAUAUAUUUAGACCGGAGCGGUGGCAGAAUCACAAGUAUGGCUUCGAGUAUCUACCGUUUAACGGUGGGCCAAGAAUCUGUCUCGGACAACAGUUUGCUUUGACAAAGGCCGCAUACGUAACUGUUCGCCUCCUACAGCGCUUCGACAAGCUCGAUGGAUCAAGCGUACCCCCAGGGCCGAUCAAAUGGGCCGUAACCUUGACUGGCAAGCCCAAAGAUGGAGUCAGGCUGCGGCUGCAUGUUGCAGCUGAAGACUAG